UCUCCAGUUGGUUCUGCAAUGGUCGGAGAAUCAUUGCCGGAGUUCAACGAUCGGGAAGAUGUUUUGCAGCCUUUACUUAGCGCAUCAAAUUCAUCCUCGCUACGUGAAGCCCUUGAGAUUCUUAUACAAGCUUCUAGGGAUGCUGUUGGCCGUGCAGAACUUGCAUUAAGGAAUAUCCUUCCUUCUGUUUUGAAGCUUGUAGAAUCUCUCCAUCGCACAUCAAGUCGAGAAUAUCUCAUCCAAUCUUUGAAGCUUCUUAGGAAUCUAUGUGCCGGAGGAGUUGCCAAUCAGAACUCGUUUUUGGAGCAAAAUGGAAUAGAAACUGUUGCCACUGUUUUGAGGUCUGCAGCACUUGCUUCUGAUCUGGAACUUGGAAUUAUUCGUAUCAGUUUGCAAGUUCUGGCAAAUGUUUCAUUGGCUGGAGUAGAGCAUCAACAGGUUAUUUGGCUUGAGUUGUUCCCAAAUGAGUUUUUCAUGCUAGCAAGCAUCCCUAGUCAGGAGACUAGUGAUCCUUUAUGUAUGAUUUUGUACACCUGUUGUGGUGGAAGACCUGGACUGGCUACUGAACUCUGUAGAUACUCGGGGUUGCCAAUUGUAGCAGGUUUAAUUCGUACUGUUGCUUCAGUUGGUUUCAGAGAAGAUUGGUUUAAGUUACUUCUUUCAAGAUUAUGUCUAGAGGACAUUCACUUCCCAUCACUCUUCUUUAAACUAUGUGAAGGCAAUGCCUCUGAGAACAGGGGAAACACUGCUUUAGGGGAUAAUUAUUUCUCAUCAGAGCAGGCUUUUCUUCUGAGAAUCAUGUCCGAGAUUCUAAAUGAAAGAAUUGAUGAAGUAAGAGUUCCCGAUGAUUCUGUAUCGUGUGUUCUUGAAAUAUUUAAGAGAUCCUUAACGAUUGUUGAUUUUACCACUAGAGGCAAGUCUGGUCUUCCAACUGGCUCUACAUCGGUUGAUGUUAUGGGAUAUUCUCUCAUUAUUUUGAGGGAUAUCUGUGCCGGAGACAGUGUAGGAGACUUGAAGAAAGAUUCGGUAGAUGUUGGUAUGUUACUCUCCAAUGAACUUUUAGACAUUUUAUUAUCUUUGCUUCGUGAUCUUGAGCUGCCAUCAACCAUAAGAAAAACCCUGAAAGAUAGUGAAAACCAAGAACAGAUUUUGCCUUCAUCUAAGCUCUGCCCUUACAAAGGAUUCCGGAGAGAUUUGGUUGCGGUAAUCGGAAAUUGUGCCUAUAGAAGCAAGAUCGUACAGGAUGAAAUAAGACAGAAGAAUGGGAUUCCACUGUUGUUACAGCAGUGUGUAACUGAUGAUGACAACCCGUAUUUGAGGGAAUGGGGGAUUUGGUCUGUGAGAAACUUACUAGAAGGUAAUGCAGAAAACCAACAGACUCUGGCUGAUUUACAGUUACAAGGGACGGUCGACACACCUGAACUCACCAGACUUGGUCUCAGAGUGGAGGUUGAUCAAAACACUCGUCGCGCAAAGCUCGUGAACAUCCCAGGAAGCUACCAAAAGCCUGUGGAGUAAUUUUAUUUAGCUAUUUUAGUGUAGUUGACUCAUUAGAAAAUAUGACAUUGUCCUUGAAAUUGUGUUUUGAUUUGGGCAGUUAUGUGAGGAAUUGAUACAUGGAAACAAGACCGACUAUUUCUGGUUUUGCUUGGAUUAGUCCUUGUAAUGAAUAUUAUAAUCAUAAUACUAAAUCGUGCUUGCAGUGUGCAA